AGGUGAUUGAACCUUUUUUUUUUUUUGGAAACUACUCUACAGAAAGCUAUCUGCUCUAAAUUCUUGGUAAAAGAAAUAAUCGCUUGAGGCUGACUAAACAGUCAAAGAAUCUAGUAUUCUUUGAAAAAAGUAAGGCUUGCUCUUGUCUGUAUCAGCUUUGUAAAUCCAAUGGAAGGGCAGUCCAGCCAGCAUGAAGUUGUAGAGUAUGCAUCUCAGCUCGGUAUAGUUUUGGAUGAAAUUUUCUUAAACGUUGGAUAUUUGUUGCGCUCUUUGCUUGCUAAUGUUCCUAAUGCAUUAUAUCAUACUCAACUACAAGGGGAAUGCCAUAAAUUUCAAGAUUAUUGCGAUUUAAUUGAGGUUCGUCUUUUAGAGGCUAAAAAAGUACUUGAAAGAGACCUACGUACAUUAGAAGCUUCUGAACAAGGGAAAAAUGACCAAACUACCACCAAUGUAACAGCAAAACCGGAAUUGCCAAUAGACCUAACUGCCAACUAUACUCCGUCGAAUGGAAACACCGGCGCUUUGGAUCAGGGAUUACAGUCUGACACAUUUCAAAACAAGAAUAAUGGGGGAAACUAUUUUAACCUUUCCCCGUUUAAUUCUCAGCCCAUGCCAAAUGAAGGUGCUUUUCUCGGAUCUUCGGAUGUAAAACCUUUUGAUGGCAUGGAACCCAAAGCAAACGCAUCAGCUUCGCCCAAACUUAAAUCCACUUCUGGUGGUAUUGAAUCUGUUGGUAAUGAAGCACGUCCUGAAGUAUAUCCAAAUCUGCCGUCUGGUUUACCUUCUGGUGUUUCUCGUGAAAACGAUGCCUUCCAAUUCAAUAUGCCUCAAGAAGCCUCCUCAGAUCAGGCAUUGCAAGCAAAUGAGUUUUUACUUCCGAAUGUUUUAGGAAAUACGUCUAACUCUCCACAAGACAAUUUAUCGAAUAUGUCUUUUCCCAGCUUAGACACGGCCCAAGGAUCUAUACCCAGUAAUUUUGGCUUUUUACAACAACAGCAACAAGCAGUUUCACCGACUUCAAACCAACCUAAGCCUCCGAAUACAUCGUAUCCCCCAUCUACUUCCUCUACAUUAGACACCAAAACACAGGAAAAUUAUAGUGCCGCUUUCGGCAAUGACAACUCGUUUGCAGCUCAUUUAAACAACUCUUUUGGUAACAAUUCUCUUGCUUUGCCUACAGACAUUCCCUCUACAGAUAGCAUAAAUGAUCUGUUUGGUGAAUCUUUUGAUUUUACAAUGUCAGGAGACAAUUCAUAAGCCAAAGCUCAUUCUAGUUCACGAUUACGAAGGAUUUUUUCGUGUGCUCGAUGGUUAUUGUUUUCUUUAAGUUUAUUUUUUACACUAAUUAGACCUCUUUCGUUUGGUAGUUUUUAAUGACAUGAAUGUUAUGAUUCGUUUUGUUUCGUUUAAUUCAUUUUUUUUCCUGUGAAUGAAAACUUUUU